AUGAACGUACGGCGUUUGUCUAAGAGGUCAAUUGCCAGCAUUACUUUAUCCCCAAUAUUGAGUUUUUCUUUGUGCCCUCUGACGUUAUAUCUCUUUACCUUUAGACCAGAACCCCAGGGCCUUGGUGGCUGCUCCAAGCCAAGUAAGCCAGAACAGUCCGUACCUGAUCAGGAUCAGGAUGAGGAAAAGGAGAUCCUGGGCUCGGACGACGAUGAACAAGAGGACCCCUGUGACUACUGCAAGGGAGGAUAUCACCAUGUGAAGAUUGGAGAUCUUUUCAACGGGAGGUACUAUGUGAUCCGAAAGCUUGGCUGGGGGCACUUUUCCACCGUGUGGCUAGCCUGGGACAUCCAGGAGAAGCGUUUCGUAGCCAUGAAGGUGGUGAAAAGUGCUGAACAUUACACCGAAACUGCUUUGGACGAGAUCAAGCUUCUCAAAUCUGUUCGACACACAGACGCCGAUGAUCCCAACAGGGAGAGAGUGGUGCAGCUUCUAGAUGACUUCAAAAUUUCUGGCGUGAACGGCACUCAUGUAUGCAUGGUGUUUGAAGUGUUGGGGUACCAUCUACUUAAGUGGAUCAUCAAAUCAAAUUAUCACGGCCUUCCCUUGCCUUGUGUUAAAAGUAUCAUUAGACAGGUCCUCCAGGGUUUAGACUACCUCCACAAAAAAUGUAAAAUCAUACACACGGACAUCAAACCGGAAAACAUUCUUUUGACCGUAGACGAGUCUUACGUCAAGAAGAUGGCUGUCGAAGCGACGCAGUGGCAAAAGUCUGGCGUGGCACCACCGUCUGGUUCUGCAGUGAGUACAGCUCCACAACCAAAGCAGGUCGCCAAAAUGUCAAAGAAUAAAAAGAAGAAAAUGAAGAAGAAGCUAAAGAAGCAAGCGGCACAGCUAGAAAAAGAAGAAGUAGGAAUGACAGAAGAGGGAGAGGAGGACACGGCGGAAACGGCAUCUGACGUAUCCUCUGCCCCCGUUUCUGUGUCGGCUACUCUGCAGAAUGACACCAACCCUUUUAUCGCAGAGUCUCCUGCCCUAAAGCUACCCCCGCAGACUUCAGAGACAGCUGUACUCACAGAUGGCGCCGCCAACGAAGAGAGCAACACUGAGAUGAAGUGCAACGGCAACACCUAUUCACCUGUUAGAAAAGUCAAUUUUGAAAGUGGGACCAAGCUGUCAACGGAAGAGCUAGAGGACCAACCGAAUGCAAACCAGGUAGAUGAUGGAACGGAGACUCUUGACGCAGUAUGUCACAAACGUGACCUUGAAAGUUGUAACGGUCCUUCUGAGCACCCCGAGCAUCCGUCGCAAGAAAAUCUGCAGCCACCUGCUUCCCUCAGCGAAUAUGUUGCCAACCCGGAGCUGAAUGAUGCUGUCCAAGCAAAGAGUAAGGAGGAAGAGAUGGACAUUCAAGGGGAGAACAAAACGCAAGGUGAAGAUGUCAAGAACAGCCGAAAUGAAUCGCCUACUAGCUUGUUAGUAAACCCCUUGGAUCCUCUGAAUGCUGACAAGUUGCAGAUUAAGAUUGCUGACCUUGGAAAUGCCUGCUGGGUGCACAAGCAUUUUACAGACGAUAUCCAGACUCGGCAGUAUCGUUCACUCGAGGUGCUGUUAGGGUCUGGCUACGGCACACCGGCAGAUAUUUGGAGCACGGCCUGCAUGGCCUUCGAACUAGCAACAGGAGACUAUUUGUUUGAGCCCCACUCUGGAGAAGAUUAUUCCAGAGAUGACGAUCACAUAGCUCUGAUCAUCGAGCUGCUCGGCAAAGUUCCACGUAAGCUCAUCACGGCGGGCAAAUACUCCAAGGUGUUUUUCACCAAGAAGGGGGACUUGCGACAUAUCACCAGGCUGAAACCAUGGGGCAUGUUUGACGUGUUGGUGGAGAAGUACGAGUGGUCCAAAGAAGAGGCUCAAUGCUUCAGCAGCUUCCUACAGCCCAUGCUGGACCUCGUCCCGGAAAGGAGGGCCACGGCGGCUGAGUGCCUCUCGCACGCGUGGCUGGCAUAA